AUGGAAAGUCAUCAGAGUCGAUUAUUUUUGCCAUAUAAAGCAUUAGGGGGAAUAUGCUCAUCUGUUCCACCGGCUUUCCGAGUACUUCCAAGGAAAAGAGAUGAGACUUAUGUUAUUUGCGCAGUUGAUAAUGUUGUUAUACAAUAUUCAUGUGAACAUUUACGGAUAGUAUCUGUCAGCAAUGUUUUACCUGCUCGAAUUGAAGUAAUUGCUGCUGAUUCCUAUUAUAUUUAUGCUUCAAUUGGUACACGAAUAGCUGUACUAUAUUUGUCGAGACAAGUUAAGCAGUGGUUAGAAUUUCCCAAACGGGUGCGAUGGAUUUUGCCAUUUGGCAACGUACUAGUAGUUGUAGAUGUAGACAGUACAAUAUAUGUAAUGGAUGUCGAAAAUGGUAAUGAAUUAGUGUUGAUUGAAGGAUGCGGAAGGUUUGAUUGCUCGGCGAUCACUCAUCCAAUUACUUAUCUCAAUAAAAUACUUUUAGGAUCUAAACAAGGAACUUUACGGAUAGUUAAUAUAAAAACGGGCAAACUGAUCCAUGAAUUUGGGAAGUCAUUUGAUUCGGAAAUAACUGCACUAGAACAGUCGCCAGCUGUAGACAUCAUUGCUGUUGGUUUAAGAAGUGGUCAGAUCAUCUUGCAUAAUAUAAAAUUUGACGAGAUUUUGCACACGUACAAGCAAGAUUCCCUAGUGACAUCAAUUACCUUUAGAACCGAUGGUGAAGAAACAAUGACAACAGCUUCUGAAAAUGGCACUUUAGCAGUUUGGGAUUUGAAUAAACGUACCCUUUUGGGACAAUUGUCAGAUGCACAUCGAGGUUCAAUCACAGGAAUACACUAUAUUUCUGGCGAAUCAUUAAUGAUUUCUGCAGGAGUUGACAACUCACUGAAAACAUGGAUCAGUGACAUGAGCGAUGGAAUGCCUAGGCUGUUAGUUUUGCUUGAAGGACAUUCUGAACCGGUUACUGCAGUUAAAUUUAUUGACAGUGAAGUUGUUCUUUCUUCUGGUUUGGAUGGUUCUGUGAGAGCUUUUUCAGUAUCACGUGACACACAAAAACAGAAAUUAGGAAACGCUGGUAUUAUGUCCAGAGCAAAGGCAAAAAAGAAAAAGCGUGAUCUGGAGAGCAUUAAGUUAAAGCCGGUGAUUGAGAUAGAUGUUGGGUUAGCGCGAGAAGCUGCUUGGGAUAAUGUUUUGUGUCGUCAUAUUGAUACAGCCCCCGUAACUACAUGGACUACUAGAAGAAAAGCUUUGGGAACAUAUCGGUUACUUCAUAAAAGGUUUCUUACUACACCAGAUCUUAUAUCUGCAUGUGCAUCCUCAAUAUGUGUUUCAUCAUGUGGAAAUUUUGGUGUUAUCGGUUACACAACUGGUCAUAUUGACUGUUUUAACUUGCAAAGUGGACUACACAGAAAGAUGUUUGUGUGUUCUAACAAGAUUGGAAAGGCUCAUAAUUCUGCUGUUGUUGGAUUAGCACUUGAUAUGUUUAACAGGCAACUCGUAUCAGCUGAACAUAAUGGACUUAUUCGCUUUUGGGAUUUUCACAGCACAAAGUUAUUGGCUGAACUACGGGUUCCAUCAUACAUUAUACGAGUUAAAAUGAACGCUCAGAAUUCAUUAUUAGCUGUUGGUGUGAAAAAUGGUUCAAUUGGUAUAAUUGAUAUUUUUUGUCGAAAAGUUGUCAGAAUUAUUGAAACUAUCCAUGACUCACCUUUCAGUGCUCUAGAGUUUUCUCCUGAUGGCAAAUGGCUUGUAAGUGCUGAUGAAAAUGGAUUUAUCAGAAUCUGGGACCUUAUUGCAAAUGUUCUUAUCGACGUUAUAAAGUGUAAAGUGCACUGCACAUCACUAAAUUUUUCACCUGGUGGAGAAUAUCUGGCCACUUGUCAUUAUCAGCAAAGAAGUAUAUAUAUAUGGGCUAAUAAAUCGUUGUUUACUUCAUUAAAGGAUUUAAAAGCACUACCAUUGAACUACGUUCCGAAAGACUCCUCUGCUUUACCAUCCCAAAAGCAUUUUGAAGAAGCAAAUCAAGAUUCAGAUGAAGUGGAAGAAAUGGUUGUGGAGGUUGAAAAUGAUGUAGUGCAGAAAGUGGAACAGGUUGAAUCUCUUAUCACGUUAUCGGGAUUACCACCUUCUCGUUGGCUAAACCUGCCAAAUUUGGACAUAAUCAGAGAAAGAAAUAAACCAAUUGAACCGGCACGAAAACCUAAAGCUGCACCGUUUUUUUUGCCUACAGUAUCAACUUUACAUGGAUUUGAGUUUGAAGAAACAGAUGAGUCCUUGGAUAAUGUUGAGAAACGCAACGUCUUAAUGGCGAAACGAAACGCUUUAGAGAUUGAGUCUUCUUUUGCACAGAGUUUGUCUCAGGCUUCUGAAGAUACAGAUUUCAUUGGUGCGUUUGAAUCUUUAAAAUGGAUGAGUAUCUCUGCAAUAGACUUUCAAAUCCGCAUACUGCCUGAAAGAGUAUUUAGCCAAUUUUUGAAAAUGAUCCACACGAUUUUGCAAAGUCAUCGGGAUUUUGAACUGGUGCAAGCAUAUUUAGCUACUUUCUUGAAAGUGCAUCGAAAUAAGCUCUGGGUUUAUCAUGGUAAUGGUAAUGGUGAUUUGAGUGAAAUGUUGGAGAAGUUGCGGAAUGAAGUGGAAAAUAGCUGGAAAGAAGUUGAUAGCUUAAUGCUUCAGAAUGUUUCUUUGGUUCAAUGGAUCAAGACGGCUUUAUUAUAA